AUGGGCAUAAAAGAACCAUUUGGUGGUCUUAAUGUCAUAACUGUUGGUGAUUUAUUUCAACUAAAACCAGUAUUUGAUCAUUGGAUAUUCGAAUACUCAAAUGAAAGCUAUAAUGCAUUAGCAUCCAAUCUCUGGCAGCAAUAUUUUCAAAUGUUUGAAUUGCCACAGGUUAUGCGACAAAGGGAAGAUAAAGACUUUGCUGAAAUUUUAAAAUGGAUAAGGGAAGGCAAACACACUGAAAUUGAUAUUAGAGUUCUAAAAGAACGAAUUUUGACGCUUAAUUCAGAACGGCCUGAUUACCCAAUAACGUCUACACACUUAUUUAGUACUAAUAUGGCAGUAGAUGAACAUAAUCAUGAAAUAUUUCAUAAAUCAACAAAUGAGAAGGUUCAGGUUAAAGGAAUAGAUAUUAUACUUGGUGAUUUAUCCAAUGACUUGAAAGAAAGAGUAAAAAAGCAAAUUCCAAAUGAUCCUUCUAAAACUAUGGGAUACUAA